UGUCCCAUAUUAAUAUAUUUCGUAUCGUAGAGGUGUUGUGUGUACAUAGGUUGUGGCAGUGCAGGAAAUGGUGCGUGCAGAGGGCGAGUGCACCUGUUGCUGAGAGUGGUUCCUCCGUCUAGGGAAAAGAGUGCACAUGGUAACUUGAAGAUGGAGCAGGAGGACGAGAAUAUCUCCCUUCUGCUCAACAUGGGGUUCCCUGACGUGCGCGCCAUCAAGAGAGCACUCAAGUUGAGCAAUGGAGACGUGAACGAAGCGGUGACGUUCCUGACGGAGCAGCCUCUUACCUCCUACAGCACCGUGGACGACCUCAGGGAUGUCGAGAUGGCCGACCCCGCCCUCCGGCCUCCCUCCUAUGACGAGGCUGGAGGAAUAGAUGGCAGCAGUAUGGAGUUCCCAACCACCAACCUUUAUGAGCUGGAGAGCCGCGUUUUCAUUGAUGCGUGGUCUAUUCCUUAUAAGAGAGAUGAAUCUCUUGGCAAGUGUCUGAUAUCAGCAGCUAGACUUGCUGAAGAAGGUCUGUGUGAUGCUGAUGAGUCUUGUCAGCGGUUCAUGGAGCGCUGUCUGCCAGAGUGUUUCCACAAGCUGCUGAACAAUGGUGCUGUAAGGCGCUGGGGGAUGGAAAUACAAGAAGGGGUGUUUAAUAUGCUCGAUUUGCUCACAAAUCUCGUCAUUGUUCGCCUCAAGCAUGGACCAGUGCCAGAAACUCUGCUCAAAAAUGUCUAUGCUCUUGCUAUGGACUCAGAGUGUGAAUGGAACCAAAAGAACAAAAACCGCCCAGCAGCAUUCACUGGAGAUAUUAUCUAUGCAAAAUCUACCUCACAGUUUGAAAUGUAUGGAUGGCUCAUGGACCUCAUCAAUAUGUUUGGAAGUCGAGGAGGUUUUGAGCUUGUGGCAAACCGCUUUACUAGUGGGGAAGACCUGGAUGCUGGCCAGAUGGCAGCAUUACUCCUUCCCUUGGGCCAGUGUGUAAAGUUCCUGGUGAAGGAUGUAGUGUGUCCUGUCCUCCUGCCAGCAGUGAACCAGGCCCUCCAGUAUGUUGCCAGCCUUGAGGAAAUACAGCUGAGGGGCCAAAAGAUUAGCUCAUGCUAUGACCUUCUAGAAGCUGUACGACUGUUAUGUGCAAGUCUGUGGCCAGAGAAAGUUCAACGCACAAGUGAUCUUAGGUUGGAAAUGAUCAUUCGAAUGCUCAAAACACCCCACUUCUCAGCACGUAUGAAUGCUCUGAAGGAACUUGCAAGACUGAUUGAGGACAGCAAGAAAGGUCGAAGUAAUGUCAUUGAUACAGACAUUAUUCAAGAAUGGAUGACAAGCAAGAGAGUUUUAUCACUUGCACUUGAAGGUAACAUUGACCAAGUGCAAUACACAGACCGCAUGAAAGAACUGGUGGAGUUCAUGGGUCCCAAGCUGCAGCAGGAGGAGCUGUCCCGCAUCUGGCACAUGGCAGAUAAGGCCAGUCCUCAUGUGGUGGAUAACAUCCAUCGGAUCAUGGCAGCAGCAGCAACACGCUUCAAUCCUCAGCAGUUUGACUUCUUGUUGGGUCUUGUUAGGAAGAGUUGGGAUGGUGGAAAUGAUCGCCUUCGGGAAAAGCUUCUCUCUUUCAUAGGAAAGAUUGGUCAAGACUCAAGGCUUGGUCAGACAGCUGUCAAGAUGCUGGAUGCUCUAUGGGAGUUAGCUCGGGUGCCAGCUCUGCCACCCAAGCUGGUACAUCAGGCCAUGAAUGAACAUCUUACAAUACUUAAUGAAUCAGCCACAAGAGACCAGCUCCGUAAAACUUAUAUUGUCCGUUGUGUGGAGGACAUAAAAAGAAGUCCUGCAGUUUAUCUUCCAUUGAAACAGCUACACUACUUGGCUCAGUCUAUUACUAAAGGAGGAGCAUCAUAUUUCAAGACUGAAAAAGCUACUCUCUCUGAACUUAAUCGAAGUCAUGAAAUUGUAAAGCUGAUCACUGCAAGUCUGGCCAAGUGUCAUGCCCUAGCUGUGUCUACCUGUGGCAACCAACCACCUUCUCCAGACACCCUGAUUGAUGGCAAAUAUACUCAUGAUCAUUACUUAAAAGUUCACUUGGAGUUCCUUCAAUUUCUGCUGAAGGAGGGAGACAUUUACCUGGCAUGGCCACGGUGCAAAGACAUUUGGGAUACGCUGGUGGCCAACCCCAAGGCCUCAGGCUACGAUAAAGAGGUUUGCUUCACAUGGUUCAGUGGGUGCCUGGGUGACCUUGAGAGCACCACUCAGCGGGACCUCUUCUGUGACAAGCUGCUGCGGCUGGAUCCAGUUACUCUCACCCGACCUGCCUUCACCUGUGUUGUUGAUUAUUUCCAUGCUGUCAACCUCAAUGAUCAUAAGUUGAUUCGCAAUGGAAAUGUUAUUAUUGUUGACAAACUGGAACCUCUGGGCCUUGAGUUCUUCUGGCAACUGGUACUCGAGUGCCAGGACGAAUAUCUGGCUGAGGAUGCCAUGAAGCUCCUCUUGGACAUGAGCUAUAUGAGUCUCUCAGUGCGGCUCAAGCGUGACCCAGCACAGCUUCAUGCACGCUUUGUCACAGAAUGCUACAAAAAGCUGGAGAAACUGAUGCUCCAUGUAAAUGAGACUGCAUUGGGUGCUGCUGUGUCCACUGCCACAAAGACCUUGACUGCUAUGGCUGUUUCAGAACUAGGAGGACUUUCUCCUUCAUCAAGAAACAGCUGCAUCCAGCAUAUCCGCCGAGUGCUGGUGUUGGCAGAGCGCUACAUUUGUAGCAUUGAGGAGCAGCAUCCUGGUCCUCGCUACCUCCCUCCACAUGGUUCCUCUUUCACUGGCACACCAGUCAUACUCUAUGUUACCUGUGACUCUAUUAGAAUGGAUGUCACUCUGGAGUGCCACAGCAAUGAGCGUCUUGGUGUGGUGCGAAGCAAGAUAGGCAGUUGUGCCCGAGUUCCUAUUGAGCAGGUGCAGAACCUCUCAUUUGGGGAAGGUAGUAACAGCUUUCAUGUGACUGGUGGAGAACAGGAUAACCGCCUCCUUCACAGUAUAGGGGUGCUUACCAACACAACUGUCACUGCCAAGAUCAGCUCAAGUGGUGCACAGCUCAAGGAGGUUGGUGACAAUUGCUGGGAUGAGCUGCCUGGCACUGUAAGCUAUUGUGAUAGUGCAGAAGCAGGAGCACUUGAUGACAGUGCAGGUGCAUCAGGAGGAGGUGCUGGUCCCCUCAGACAUGGAGCAGGGUCCUCUGCAGCAGCUGUGGCUGAUGGACUUGGGCACAACUUAGAUCAAGAGAAGCAGCUACCUGGGGUUGUGAUGGCAAGCCAGGGACAAAAUUUUUUCUCCUUGCUGUAUCAGCUUGCUCAGUUAGAUGAUUCAAGAAUUGUUGAUGCAGUUCGAAGAGUUCUGUACCUGGUACCGACUGAUCAUAGUGUGGCAGAUAGAUUUGAUUCCAUAAGUAGUGUUGGAAUGUCUGCAUCAGAAGCCAGUCCAAGAACAACACCGUAUGGCUCCCCUGCCAAGAGGGAUAAAAUUCGUGACCGUGAAAAAGAAAGAGAGGCUGGAAGAGAAACCUUACGGUCUUUGUUGGAUCCAAGUGCCAGUGACAUGACACCAUUCAGACUUCUGUACAAUGUUGAGGUUCUGUCAGGAAAAAUUAUGCCAAUAUCGAUGGAAGGCACCAUGAAUGACAGUGCCCGCUUCUGUGAAGAGUUCCUUAUGUGUGGAGGCUUGAACCUUAUCACUAUGCUGCUCCAUAAAGAUUCUCUCCCACAAGAAGUGGAUUAUGAGAUUCGUCAGAACAUUUAUUUGAUAGUCUUGCAGAUACUGAAAUUUCUAGUGUGUGGCUCCAUCCCUAAAGGUCAAGAGCUUCCCAUCUCAGGGAUUCAGCCAGUUCCGGGUCCUGCUAAGCGGUCAGCGCUGGACUCCUCAACUCAAACCACCUCACCACCUCAUGUUCACUCGUCCCUGACACCCAUCAUUGCCAACAGGGUAGUUCUAGGAUUUAGUGAAGAGGAGUGGAGUGAGAUGGUAUCCUGUCUGAUGCGGGUGUCAUGGGCCGGGGCAGCUGGAAGGUUGUACCUCCCUUCAGCAACCAUCACAAUGACAGAGCCAGCUGUCUCCCCUCCUGAUAAUAGCAAAUCAUCUAGACAGAGUAGUACAGGCAGUGUUCACAGUUCUAGUAGUGAGAGUGAGACAGUGUUGCAUGGAGGAGUAUGUGUGCAACAGGCAACCAUCUCACCCACUGACUCACUCAUUGCCUCACAAGCUCUGCAGCUUUUGAUAGCCUUUCUCAAGUUCCGUCCACAGCUAAUAGAUCAAUGGUAUGGUAUGUUGAGUGUAAAAGACUUCAUCAUUGAGAUUUUGGUCGGGUGUAGCAGUGAGGAGGUGAGGGAGGUGGCUUACCACCAGUUCACCAGCCUCAUCAACAUGACAACCCCAGCUGAACUCAGCCUGAAGAAGUUUCUCACUCAGAUACUUUUGAAGGCACACCUCCCCCUUUGGGUCUCCUCCACCAGUGCUCGAGGUGCUACUCUGAAGCUACUGUCUCAGUGCACCCAGUAUUUCAGUCUGAGAUCAAAGUUAUUAUCAGAUUUGAGCAGCAAAGAUCAGGAGUCCCUGGAGAUCAGUGCAUCUCAGAUGUUGGAAGAUGAGAUAGGUUGGUUGACUAACUUCACUGCCACCCGAGAGGUUAUGAGAGAGAGACCAGAGUCAGGAGUUUCAGCCAUGCGCCAUGCUGACAAUAUCCUCCUGGCUGGCCACUUGAUGCUUAUCUCAGCUUUAAUGUCAUGUGAAGGAGUGAACAAAGAGGAAACUGGUACCACUUUGAUUCCUCUGCUUAUUUUUGAGUACCUCUUCCCAGCAUCAAAGUUGGUGCAGGAGGGAGGAUUAGGGAUGGAUUCCCUCACUGCCAGCAAAAACUAUUGGGCCAAGUGCACUGGAAAGGAAUCCAGGCACGCAGCUUAUCAUCUCCUUGUUCAGCUUGUUAUGGGCUCACAGCAGAACCUGGAAGCUCUUGUUGGACAUCUUGUCACCCUUCAUCAUACUCUUAAUCCAGAUUCCCUUAAAGAAUUUCAGUAUGCUCCUGCUGUGGAUGGACGAGGUGCCAGUGGGUUUGUUGGCUUGAAGAAUGGGGGAGCUACUUGUUACAUGAAUUCAGUUCUCCAACACCUGUUUUUGAUACCAGGGGUAGCAGAGGACAUCUUGGCAGUGUGCAGUGACAAGGAGAAUGAGGAUAGUUUGUUCUAUCAGCUCCAGAUGGUGUUUGCCCAUCUCAUGGAGUCACAGCUGCAGUACUAUGUGCCAGACAAGUUCUGGAAGUGCUUCAGGAUGGAUGGGCAGCCAGUAAAUGUCAGAGAACAGCAAGAUGCAUUUGAGUUUUACACAAGAUUGACAGAACAAGUGGAUGAUUACCUGAAGAGUCAGACUAAGGAGAAAGUGUUUGCCCAAAGAUUUGGGGGUGUUUAUUCCAUCCAAAGAAUUUGUCAAGACUGCCCACACAGAUAUGAGAGAGAGGAGCCAUUCCUUGCCCUGAACCUGACAGUCACAAAAUGCCAUGACCUUCAGGAUUCACUGGACCAGUUUGUAAAGGGAGAGCUGCUAGAGGGGGACAAUGCUUACUACUGUGAGAAAUGUAAUCAAAAGAGAACUGCUCUUAUUAGAACUUGUGUCAAAACACUUCCUCCAGUCUUAGUAAUACAGUUGAAGAGGUUUGGGUAUGACUGGGAGGCCUCAAGAGCCCUCAAAUUUGAUGACUAUUUUAAGUUUCCAUGGGUGCUAGACAUGGGAAACUACACAGCUGAUGGUCUGGCAGAACAAGAAGAGGAACUGAGUAGUGGUUGUGGAAGCAGAGGUGCUACUCCUUCUCCUGACCCCAAAGACUCUGACUCCUCCAUAAACCUGUCAGUUACUUCCACCUCCAGCACUCACUCACCCUUAAAGGCUAGGAAGUCAGGCAUCAUCUCAGGCAUCACCCCAAAGAUAUCUACUAGACUGAGACACAAGGGAGCCAUCUAUGAGCUUGUUGGUGUCAUUGUGCACAGUGGGCAGGCCAGUGCAGGACACUAUUACUCUUACAUCAAGGAUCGGAGAGGGGACUCCUUGACUAACCCAAACAAUGGCCAUUGGUUCAAGUUCAAUGACACUACAGUGGAGGAAGUGGACAUGUGUGAUGCACUCCUGGAACAAGAAUGUUUUGGUGGAACAUACAAAGCAAAGGUCUCUUAUGACUCCUCCAAUCCUCUCCCUGAAGACCGUUUAAGGUACUGGAAUGCUUACAUGCUUGUAUAUGAUAGCCUGGAUGACCGGUUGUCUACCCCAAAGACACCCAAGACACCACGAAUGGGUCCCACCUCACGCUCAUUCAGGGCAUCCACCAGCAGUGCAAAGAAGAGCUUUUCAAUCAGUGGAACCUCCAGUGAGAUUAGAGCACGCUCCAGCCUGUGUGAGCUGAGUCAGCUGCUACAGCAAGGAGAGAAGCAGGGAGUGUUCCGAGAGUACAUGCCUCCACGCAUCAUGUCUGCUAUCACCUAUGAGAACCUCACUUUUCUCAAGAACCGUGAUGUUUUCUGCCAAGAUUAUUUCACCUUUAUUCAGCAAAUAUGUUCUGCUAAUGCAGGAAGUGGCCAGUUUGAUGUUACAGCACCCAUCUCCAUUCAAGUAGUACGUUUAGGAGUGAACUUCUUGCUCAAUACUUAUCUCCGAAUCAAAGACAAGGAGGAGCCAGUGAUUACUCACUGGGUGGAGAUACUUAGCUCAUGGGUGAAGCACUCCAAGGAAGCAUCUAGUUGGUGUGUCAGAUACUUUUCUAGUGAAGAUGGUGUAUCCCAUAUCCAGCCUCUGCUUCUGGAGGCUCCUGACAAGAUGACUCGUGGACACUUCAGCAACUUGUUGGACUCCAUAUUCAAGGCUGAGUAUGAGCACUGUAAUAGUGUUGACACUCUGCAGAAUGUGAUGAAGCACCUCCUGUCCCUGCUUGCCACUGAAGUGCCAGCAGCUAUCAAAACAUCAUAUCACUACUUUUCUCUUCUGUACAAUUAUUGCCAGCAGGGCAUACAUCAUUGCCGACAAUUCCUGUCUCUUGGUGGAUUUUCAAGUCUCCUCAGCUUCUUGCUUGGUCCUUCUGACCUUGAAAAACGCCGCUGGGCCCCUAUGCAGGCUCAAGAGUUUGGACCACUGCAUUCCAUCAUUGCAACUAUAAUUAAUGCCUGUGAUUUGAUCCCUUUCCAGACAACAGAGUCAUCUUGCAACCAGAAGACUGAGGGUGAGACAGACAAGCUGGUGAUGCCAGUGGAGGUGGCUCAGUUAGUGUAUGGGGCAGAGCAGCCACGUUGGCUAAGGGAAGUUGUCCUUGCAUACAAAGAGAUCAAUGGUAGCAUUCCCCAGAUGACAGCAGCACUCACUGCAACUGCAAAGGAAAAUUCAUCUUUUACCAAAGCUUUGCUGACAGCAGUUAUGAGAGAGUAUUCUAAACCUCCUUCAAACAUACUGAAGGAACUUUCAUCUCUUAUAAUGGAAAUAUUGAGUAUAAGUGAUUCUCUUCAGUCGAGCCGCACCACUGCUGUCUUGGAAGGGUUUGUGUGCUCAGAAUCUGAGAAUGUGAUGGGCCUUUUAGAUAUGAUAGGCAUAAACAAGGACAGCUAUAGCAGACGAGCCUACCAGUGCAUCAAGCUUGUGGUGGCACUGUCUGCCCGGUGUCCAGUAGCUCGUGACCACCUCACGAGAACACAGGUUCGUUGGCAGUGGGCUGUAGAGUGGCUGAGGGAGAAGAUGGAUGACCACUCUGCCACUCUUUCAACAGCUGCAAGUCUUAGUAAUGAAGACUCUAAUACCAAGAACUUCCAGCGCACAACCAGUGCACAGCUAACGUUGGAAGAGGCCACAGCUCUUCUAAGUGAGAUGGAAUCGUCAGAGAUGGAAAUUGACUGUGAGCUUUCUGAACUUGGAGACAUAAAGGAGAGUGCAUCAGAGCAUGAAAAUUCACCAUCACAGGACCUGGAUGGAAUUGACCCUUAAUUAACAUGAGAUGGAAUAUCAUUACUUAGCAGUUAUUAUUUGUUGAAUUGCUGUCUUCCACGAGAACAACAACCUUGAAAUUGCAAAGAUAUAGGCACAUUUUUUAAUGGUGACAAGGCUGCUAGAAAAUAUUGUCAGGUCUUGGUAAAGGAACUAUGUAAAAAUUUGUAAAGUUAUUAUCUUUUCUUGCCUACUUCAUGUGACAAAUGAGUUGUUUUACAUUAUUCAUUCUUGACAUAUAUGAAUAAACUUACAGAACUUGUGAUUGAAAAUUUAUUUGGGAUCUUGUUUAUGGGAAGUAUUUUGAUUAAUUUUACUAUAGAGAUACAUUAUUGCAUGCUCUUGAAACAUACAAGAAUUUUACAAUUUAUAGCCAAGUUGUUCAAAAUGACCAUUGUUGACACCACAAGUGCCAUAAUCUGUUAAAUUAGAGUAUGAUUAAGUACACCAUUGUGUCAUGAAGUUCAUUGUGUAUGGAGGUGAUGACGCCUCAGAUUGUUUAUGUUCUGUCUUUUCUUUUCUUUCUUUUAUAUGAUUAAUCUUGAGAAAUUAAUUCUUGAAUUCUCAUGAGGUUUGCUGGAGGUAAGUGACCAAAGAUUCCUCCCUUUUAAAUGAAAAUGUUGUUAUUUUUAAAAACAGAGAAUUUAUGAAAAAUGGUAAUACAACUGUAGAUUAAAUCUUCACUACAAAUACUGAAGAUUUCCAUUGUAUGUACAUACAGAUUUACAUUUUUUACUGUGCAUUACCCACUUCGCAAAUCCUUUGGCCAUAAUAAAGGUACCAAUGCAUAGUA